AUGGCAUCUCCUGGUGAAAACGAGAAUAAUUCUAACGAGAAUAAUACCAGUAAACCCGUGUCAAAUAUAUUUGGUUCAAGCACUAAAUCGUCAAUAAGUAAUUUGUUCACUCCUCAGGAGAAUACUUCCGAUUCCUUCAAUGAUCCUUCUAGUUCUCAUAUAAAUUUCGCGGAAUCUUCUCAGGGUGGCUUAUUAUUCGAUAACAAACCGGUGGAAGGUGACUCGAGCGGAGAGCAGCCUCCCGCGUUUAGGGUUUCUGAAAACUCUAAGUCAACCGAUGCUACCCCCAACGAUCAUGCCCCUGAAAGGUCGCCCUCUUUGCCAGGUGAGAAGAAGGAGGGUGUUGUUUUGGUGACACUGUCAGAAAGGAUCGACCCCUCUUUGUACGGCCCCGCCGUGGAAACAGUGCCAUCAAACACGCUCAGUGCCUACGCGGAACAAAAAUCAGAUGAUUCACAGAAGCCCACAGAAGAUUUGGCCAAAAGCGCCGGUUUGUUUUCAGACACACCCAGAGACGAAGGCCUACACGCUUUGAGCUCGACACAAGUCACAGAAACUGUCGCUAAAGAGAAUGAUUCUAAUGUCACAAGUUAUGCAAGCUUAACACAGGGCCAAGAACAGACACAAAAGGACCAACUUACUGGGCUAGAUAAUGAUCUGCUUACCGGUAAGUUUGGCACUUCGGGCUUAUUACCGCCGCAAACGUUUUCAUCGCCAAAAACGUUCGAUUUGGUUGAAAAUGAGCACACGAGUAAGAUGACGGAGCCAAGCGUGUCCUCUAACGCAGUUAGUCUGACAGAGUCCAUUAAUGGACAAGGAACUAUAUUUGGGGACGCGAACAAGCCGAGUGAAUUCUCGACUGAGGGUCUCACAAGCAAUAAGGAGACCACGUCUGUUUUUGGCACACUAAAUUCCACGGGGAACCAAACAAAUUUAUUCGGCUCAACGUCACCGUCGACUUUGUUUGGAAAUCAAGAAGCAGCGGUUAAUCGUGCGCCUAACGAUACGGGCGAUUCGCUACCGAGAUUUGGCAGCACUGCCGAGGUAAAAAGUGAACAGACGUAUAACGAGGUUUUAAGUGCGCCAGGCACUUCUGGAGGCACCACUAACCUGUUUGGAUCGGCAGCUAGCAGCGCAACAAACUUGUUUGGAAGCUCAUCCACAAACAUCUUUGGCAGUGCACCAAGUACAAGUAACGCAGCCACGGGAAGCAUAUUUGCGUCGUCAGAAGCAGGUGCCAAAAGUAGCAUGUUUGGAUCAGCAGAAACGGCCGCCAAGGGUAGCUUGUUUGGGAACAUAAAUACGUCAUCGUCGAACAGCGUUUUUAGACAAACAAGUGCUACCACAGGGACUGGGGCCAGCGAUGCCAAUGAGACCACCACGGUUCCCACGGUUGCAGCAGACAAUACUGGUACCGCAGCUGCGGCAGUGCUAUCCAGUAGCACAAAUUUAUUCGGCACCACCGAUAAAAAGGAAACGAGCACAACAAGUAAUUCGUUUGGCACGACGGGCGUAACAGGUACUGGCACGUCUGGCACAAGUUUGUUCGGAUCGUCUACGUCAGGAUUGACGGCCAGUGCCACUACAUCGUCGAGUAACCUCUUUGUCAGCAGUUCGCCCGCACCAGCUGCGACCACGAACAUAUUCAGUGCGCCCAGCGUCGGCUCUGAUCCCCCUGCGGCUAGUAGUACUCUGUUUGGCACAACUGAUUCAGUUGGUUCUAGUAACAGUAAUUUCUUUGGAACUACUGAUGCUACUACGUCUUCCAAUUUGUUUGGAACUACAGACAAGACUGCAUCGACGACAACAUCAAAUUUGUUUGGGACCGCUGCUACAGCGACUGAUACUUCGGCUAGUGCCAGUAACUUGUUUGGAUCAACAGAUAAGACUGCAACUAGCAAUUUGUUCGGAUCUACUGACAAGACUACUAGUAGCAACUUGUUUGGGACAACUGACACAUCAAGUACUAGCAACCUGUUUGGUCAGUCAAGUGCGACCAGUGCAACUGCUUCUGCACCCAGCGUUAACGACACGGCCACUGGUGCCACUGGGUCCAAUAAUCUGUUUGGAACCACAGGCACGUCCUCAAGCGUAUCAAACCUGUUUGCAGCCACGGAUUCCACAUCGUCGUCUAACCUUUUUGGAAAGACUGAUACUACGUCUUCCACAAAUCUGUUUGGGACAAAGGAUGCUACUUCAACCACGACAGCAUCUAACCUGUUUGGUACUACUGACAAAACCACUAGUAGUAACUUGUUUGAUACUACCGACAAGACUGCUACUACGUCUUCCAAUUUGUUUGGAACUACUGACAAGACUGCAUCGACGACAACAUCAAAUUUGUUUGGGACCGCUGCUACAGCGACUGAUACUUCGGCCAGUGCCAGUAACUUGUUUGGGACUACCACUACGACCACCAUGGAUAAGCCUAGCACCUCUGAUUUAUUCAAGACCACUCAAGCGCCAGCAUCCACCACUACCUCUGGCGCAUCUGGUUCAAGUUUUGUCACACCCUCUGCUUUCGGCGGGGUGGGUGCUAGUGCCACUGAAGCUGGUAACAAAUUGACGUCAGCCACGGGUCUGCUAUCAAACGACAAAAAAACAGAAUCGCUAUUAGAUUCGACCAAAGCUGAACAGAGUAAGCCCAGAGUCACAUUUAACCUGCCCUCAGAAGAUGCAAGCAAAGAUGCGAUGAAGAAAACAGAAGCGUUUCAGCAAGUGGAUGAGCAGGGCAGUAUGGCCACAUUUUCGCACCAGGAACAGCUCACAAUCGGAAACCUGCUGGAUAACUGGGAGAAAAAUAUUUCGGAAAAGGUUAGAACGUUCAACUCGUUCGCAGACAGAGUAGCGACAAUCGAUCAACAGAUACUGCUGCAGUGUAACAACAUCAACGGACUGCUUAAUAUGCACAAGGAGUUGCUGGAAAAACACAAAAAGAUGGAAAACCUGAUGAAGGUGAUCGAGGAGGAACAGAAGAUGGCGCUCACAGUGCUGGACAAAAUGGAAAAGGUGCUGAGCGGAAAGCUGGACUCGCUAAACAGAAGGUCCAGCAACUACAACGUCACGCAGGCGAUCACGAGGAACCUGCAGGAGCUGACGGAUCAACUGGCCUCGACGACGAAGGCGACGGAAAACAUAGCGCAGGUGUGCCAGCCGGAACCGAUAUUCACAAUAGCGAAGAUCCUGUCGUUCCACCAGAUCAGCCUGAUCGACCUGGAGAAGCAGUGCGACGAGAUCGACAGCAGAAUACGGUCGAUGCAAAAACGAGUUUAA